AUGGCAAAAAAGAAUCAUCAACACUGUGAGAGAGGAGAGAGUGCAGGCUGUGUGGGCUCAGUAGACUCUGCACUGUCCUCGGGUCCACUGGCUCCUGUCAAGGACCUGGGAGGACAGGGAAUCUCAGGACACUUUCCAGUUGCUUCUGCCACAACGAUCUCUGCCAUCUCAGUGCCUCUGAUGUCCCCUAACGUGCCUCUCACAAAGGAUCUCCUUCAUCCCUCUCCAGAGAAGGAAAAGAAGAAACACAAGAAAAAGCACCUGGUGCAGAGCCCCAGUUCCUACUUUAUGCAUGUGAAGUGCCCAGGAUGCUAUAAAAUCGCCACGGUCUUUAGCCAUGCACAGACGGUAGUCUUGUGUGUCGGCUGCUCCACUGUCCUCUGUCAGCCUACAGGCGGGAAAGCAAGACUGACAGAAGGAUGCUCCUUCAGGAGGAAGCAGCAGUGA